AUGCAGCCGCCCAGCUCGCGGAUCGUCACCUUCCUGCGCAGCAACAAGGCCACGAGCCAGCUGCUGCUGGAGACCGACUGGGAGUCCAUCCUGCAGAUCUGCGACAUGAUCCGCCAGGGCGACACGCAGGCCAAGUACGCGGUCAGCGCCAUCAAGAAGAAGGUCAGCGACAAGAACCCGCACGUGGCUCUCUACGCGCUGGAGGUCAUGGAGUCCGUCGUGAAAAACUGUGGCCAAACCGUCCACGAUGAGGUAGCCAAUAAACAGACCAUGGAAGAACUGAAAGAAAUACUCAAGAGGCAAGUGGAGUCAAGUGUCCGCAGUAAAAUCCUGUACCUUAUCCAGGCCUGGGCUCACGCCUUCCGCAACGAGCCCAAGUACAAGGUGGUGCAGGACACCUACCAGAUCAUGAAGGUGGAAGGUCACGUGUUCCCGGAGUUCAAGGAGAGCGAUGCCAUGUUUGCUGCCGAGAGGGCUCCGGACUGGGUGGAUGCGGAGGAGUGUCACAGAUGCCGAGUGCAGUUUGGCGUCAUGACGCGGAAGCAUCAUUGCCGGGCCUGUGGGCAGAUCUUCUGUGGCAAGUGCUCCUCCAAGUAUUCCACUAUUCCUAAGUUUGGGAUUGAGAAGGAAGUGAGAGUCUGUGAACCCUGUUACGAGCACCUCAACAAGAAAGCCGAGGGCAAAGCUGCUGCCACCUCUGAACUGCCCCCUGAGUACCUGACCAGCCCUCUUUCUCAGCAGUCCCAGCUGCCUCCGAAGCGUGACGAGACGGCCCUGCAGGAGGAGGAGGAGCUGCAGCUGGCUAUUGCCUUGUCGCAGUCAGAGGCCGAGGAGAAGGAGAGGAUGAGGCAGAAAACCACCUACUCCAUGUACCCAAAGGCUGAGCCGCCCCCGGUGACCUCGUCAGCGCCGCCGGUCAGCACGCUCUACUCCCCGCCCGUGAAUUCAUCUGCGCCACUGGCUGAGGACAUUGACCCUGAGCUGGCUCGGUACCUGAACCGCAACUACUGGGAGAAGAAACAGGAGGAGGUUCGCAAGAGCCCCACGCCGUCGGCCCCGCUGUCCCUUACGGAGCCCACGGCUCAGCCCGGGGAAGCCCACCCUGCCCCACUCAGCGUGGUUGAGCAGCAGUACCAGAACGGUGAGUCUGAGGAGAACCACGAGCAGUUCCUGAAGGCCCUGCAGAACGCGGUCACCACCUUUGUCAACCGCAUGAAGAGCAACCACAUGCGUGGUCGCAGCAUCACCAACGACUCUGCAGUACUCUCCCUCUUCCAGUCCAUUAACAACAUGCACCCCCAGCUGCUGGAGCUGCUCAACCAGCUGGAUGAGCGCAGGCUGUACUACGAAGGCCUGCAGGACAAGCUGGCCCAAAUCCGGGAUGCGCGGGGGGCUCUGAACGCGCUGCGGGAGGAGCACCGGGAGAAGCUGCGCCGCGCCGCGGAGGAGGCAGAGCGCCAGCGCCAGAUCCAGCUGGCCCAGAAGCUGGAGAUCAUGCGCCAGAAGAAGCAGGAGUACCUGGAGAUGCAGCGUCAGUUGGCCAUCCAGCGGCUGCAGGAGCAGGAGAAGGAGAGGCAGCUGCGGCUGGAGCAGCAGAAGCAGACCAUCCAGAUGCGCGCCCAGAUGCCGGCCUUCUCGCUGCCCUACGCCCAACUGCAGGCGAUGCCGGCAGCCGGCGGCGUCAUCUACCAGCCCUCGGGGCCCACCAGCUUCCCCGGCACCUUCAGCCCCGCCGGCUCCGUGGAGGGCUCGCCCAUGCACAGCGUCUACAUGAACCAGGCGGCGCAGGGGGGCACGGCGCCCUACUCGGCAAUGCCCGUCUCCGGGACAGAUCCCAGCAUGGUGAACGCCUACAUGUACCCGCCGGGCGCGGGCAGCGGGCAGGUGGCCCAGCAGGGCCAGGCCGUGCCCACCACCACCCCGGCCUACUCGUCCUACCAGCCCACCCCAACGCAGGGCUACCAGAGCGUGGCGUCGCAGGCGCAGAGCAUCGCCCCGCUGCCGCAGAGCGCCCAGGCGGGCAGCAUGGGCUACAUGGGCAGCGCCUCCGUGUCCAUGGGCUACCAGCCCUACACCAUGCAGGGCCUCCUCUCGUCGCUGCCCGGGCAGGAGGCGCUGGGCGCGCUGCCGCCGCCGCAGCAGCCGCCCUACGGGCCGGGCCAGCAGCCCCUCUACCAGCCGGUGGCGGGGGGCGCGCCCCCCCCCGCGCCGCCCGCGCCCGCCCCCCCGGCCGGCGAGGCCCAGCUCAUCUCCUUCGACUGA